AAUUAUCUCUCUCCCCUUGCGACGAAGUCUUGUGGCGGAAGACAGCCCGAUGGCUGCUGCGUUGAUGCUCCCCAACUCACCAUUCAAACUAUCCCACAAUCAUCGACUCAGCUCCUCUUCUGCAGCAACACACAACCAACGUCUCCUGCCUCUUCGUGCUUCUCCGCAGCAGGAAUCCCCUCUAGAAGCUGUAUUGCCGGAACAAAAUGAGGGUAUCAAGAAGAGUGUGAAGGUGCUCAAGGACGCGGCCAAGACAAGAAAGGUUGGGUCCGAAGAAGUUCUCGCGGCGCUGUCUGUGAUAGAGAAAGCCAAACUCGAUCCUUCUGAGUUUCUUCAAACACUUGGUGGGACGGAGUCUCCUGGAAGGACAUGGAUGCUUGUCUUCACUGCCAAUGCCGGUUUAAAGAGUGGUGGGUACUUCCCUGUGACAGCAGUUCAACGGUUCGAUGCAGAUGCAAUGAGGAUCGAAAAUGGGGUAUACCUAGGCCCGCUGGGAUGCCUCACUUUUGAGGGAAGGUUCUCGUGGAAAAAGAGGAUCUUGGCCUUCAUUUUUGAAAACAUUCGCAUCAAAAUUGGACCUCUUGGUCCCCUUCAGAUCGGUCUAGGAAAUGAUAAGGACAGAGAGCCAGGAACGAAGGAUCCUUUCUUUAUAUGGUUCUACAUCGAUCAAGAAAUUGCUGUUGCUCGAGGGAGAGGUGGUGGAACUGCCUUCUGGUGUCGAUGUCGUCGUGUUUCUUAGAUUGUCUUUGAAUUUGCAACAUUAUUUCUUCUUCCCGUGUUCUACAACGAAGGCCAUAAAUGAAUUGGGAGAUGUGUUUCAUCUCACAGAAAUAAUAUGAUUACUUUCUCA